AUGGACGGCGACUACGUCUCCGGCCUGCUCAUGGGCUCCGCGGGGCUCGACUUCGGCGUGCCGGGCCUCGACGCCGGCUUCUUCGAGACGCUCUGCGGCGGCGCGGGCGCCGCGGGCCUCGCCGCCAUGUUCGGGGACCGGGCGGCCGGGAUGCCCGGCUUCGGCGGCAACGGCGGCCAGUUCGGUGCCGCGGAGGGGGGCGGCGGCGGCGAGCUAGGCGCCGCGUCCCGGGAGGGGUCCUCGGUCUCCGACCCGGCGUGGGCGUACGGCGCGAAUGCCAGGAAGCGGAAGGCGCCGGCCGCGGGCGCCGGCAAGGGCAAGGAGACCGCGUCCUGUUUCGCCAAGAUGGGAGAGCCGACGGGUCCCGACUCGAAGAAGUGCAAAAUUGAGGACGAGACCGUGAGGCCCAAGGUGGAGGAGGAGGCGGCCACUGCCACGGCCAGCGAUGGGUCGGCCGGCGGGGAGAGAGGGCGCAAGCAGGCCAAGGGCAAGGGCUCCAAGUCCAAGCAGCCGGCGGCGGACGAGCCGCCCCGGGACUACGUCCACGUCCGGGCCAGGAGAGGCCAGGCAACCGACAGCCACAGCCUUGCUGAGAGGGUUAGAAGAGAGAAGAUCACCCUCAAGAUGAAGAUGCUCCAGGACCUGGUGCCAGGAUGUAACAAGGUGAUUGGCAAAGCGCUCAUGCUCGAUGAGAUCAUAAACUAUGUUCAAUCGCUGCAGCAGCAAGUCGAGUUCUUGUCCAUGAAGCUCUCGACCGUGAACCCGCAACUUGACUUCGACACCUUGUCGAACCUCCUACACAAAGAUAUGAACCAAGCACUCGGCCCCUCGGCGAGCACGGUCUUUCCAUUGGAGAGUGCUGGCACGGUGUACCCAUUGUGUGACCAAGCAGACCUUUACCAGUCCUUCAGCUCGGGUGCUAUGGAGAACCAAUGCUCCAUGGGUCUGUUAGACAUGGCUCUACCGCCCGCACCGCAGUACCCUUUUCAAAAACAGCAACAGGAUUUCUGGGAGGCGAGUGCCCAAAAUGGCCUGCAUAUGGACCACGAGCAAAGCCAGGAGAAUGCGGGUUCGGCGCCGAAUUUCGAUGGUCAGUUACAAGCAGCAGAUCAUCCAGAGAUUGAGUUCUAG